CUCCCUCGCCUUAAAAUCCCUUCUCCUCUCCUCCCAAUUCCAAGAAAUCCAAGUCGAAUCGAAAGCUCAAGGGGAUAUUCUUUGGUUUCUAGAUACCUUCGCGGUGGAAUCCAAUGGCGGUGGCGUCGGGGAUGGCUUUCCCGGUGAGGCCGGCGGCGGCGGCGAGGCCGUGCGGUGCGGUGGCGUCCGCGUCGGCCGCCGGCGGGGCGAGGUUCCGCGCCGACGGGGGUGGGAGCGGUGGGAAGUGGUGGGCGCCGCUGCUGGGGUGGUCGGGCCAGCCCGACUACAUCGACGCGCAGCCGGUGGCGGCGGCGGAGGAGGGGCGGCCGCACGCGGCGGCGCAGCAGCAGCAGCGGGGAGGGGGCGGGAGGAGGUUCGGCGUGCUGACGGAGGAGAAGGCGCGGCAGCUGCGGGCGCGGAUGAUGGAGACGGAGAGCUUCCACGACUGCAUGUACCACUCCGCCAUCGCCUCCCGCCUCGCCUCCGCCGCCCCCGGCGACGACGGCGACCACUAGCUCCUCCUCCUCCUCCUCCUCCUCCGCCGCCGCCGCCGCCGUCCACCCAUCUGCACAUACUACGCCUCCACCCACCACGUCGCCAAUGAUGUUGUUGUGUCGUUUUGGUAUCAAUAACCUCGCCGCCGCCGCCGUCACCGUCGCGGCCGCGGAGUAUUAGUACAGGCCUCGACGGCGGCGUGCCUGCCGGAUUCAUUCCAUGGAGACGGGAUGGUUUAAUCCUUGUCUCCAUUUCUGUAACUCUAGUAUAACAGAUAGUGCAAUCUAAAUGUUGUAACGAGAAAUUCCAACAAAUUUCUGUAACAAUAUGGUUUGUUCGACAAGAAAUCCAGCCAGUGCUUUUGGCUCUUUCUUCA